AGAUUGAACCUGAUAUACUUCCCACCAAAGCUUGGAUUUGUAUGGUGCUGGACACUCUACUAAGUAUUGUCAGCAGUCAAUAUUAUCCUAAGGGCAGAAUCUUUCCUUGGUUCCAACAGAAAUCCUAUUCUGGGGAGAACACAGCCAGUGUCAUUGCCCGCUCAUGUGCUGCCACAGCCCUCUCUCUGCUGGUCCCAGUGCUUGUUGUAUCUUUUAAGGAGAAGGUGGAGGAAAUUCUCAGCAUUCUGACUGCCAGAUUACCUGGAAGGCCAGAAGCAGAUGAGUCGCAGUCUCUCCAAGUUCACAUGGGAUUGGCACUGGGAAUGUACAUCUCUCGUUUAUGUGAAGAGAAAGUCAGUGACACUUCUGGUCAGCAAAUGAACUUAAUAAUCAUGAAAUCUUUGGAUGCUUUGGAAAGCUGCUGUUUUGAUGCCAGCCUGGACUAUAACAUUGGCUGCAUUCUUGGAGUGGGCCUCGUUCUUUGCUUCAUGAGUCAGAGCAGCCAGACAGACAAUCGUGUCCAUGUCUCAGCCACACUCCGUAAGAUGUAUGAAUGUCUGGGGAACAGUGGUGACCAAAGCCGAACUGUACAAGAGGUGCUGUCAUACUCUGUUGCCUGUGUCUCAGUGUCAGCUUUUAGUGCUGGAAUUGUUAGUGCUGACGAAGCUGAGGAACACUUGAAUAAACUAAGAACACUGACUGAACAGAACCAGCAGACACCUGGUUUAGCUCUUUCACUGGGAGCUAUUGUUCAUGGCUUGUCGGUAUGUGGUCAUGGGAAGGCAGAGGACCUGAACAACCGUUUGCUACCUGCCUGGAUUAAGAUCCUACUUGCAGAGGGUUGUCCAACUAUGCAACGAUUAGCUGCACUUAAUGGACUUGUGGCAUUGGUAGGCUCUGAAUCUGCACUCAUUCAACUGAAAUCUGAAGCUAUCCAGUCAUCCUUGUUCCAAAGCAAACUUAAUGAAGUCAUCAAAACAAUUACACAGAUAAUUACCUUUUCUGGAGUGAUUGGCCUGCAAACCAAUGCUGCCUGGAUUCUGGGCCACCUUCACUUAUCCAGCCUUUCCUCAUCCCAGAGAGCAGAACAUCUGUUCCUCCAGAUUUCGGCUACUUGCCUGAAAGAAGCUUAAUACGAGUUAUCAUAGAUUUUCUCAUUUCAGCUGGCAAGAAAGGUCCUGAACUGAUCCCUACUUCUCUGGUCAAGGUGUGCAUGUCUUCUCUCGCUGCUACAGCUGAUGGAUAUCAGUAUCCUCCUAUCAACUGGGCAUCCAUUCUUGCUCCACUAAUGAGGCUCAAUUUUGGUGAAGAAAUCCAGAAACUAUGUGUGCAGAUAGCAGUGACUCAGGCCCAGUCUUCCCAGAAUGCAGCUGUGCUCCUUGGAAUGUGGCUGGUUCCACCCUUAGUUUACAGUCUUACUAUGCAAACCUGUUCAUAUCUGCUUUCCUCACUAUCUCUGUGGAUGAAGCAUGUCUCUGAAGAUAAACUACAGACCUUUGCAGAUGUAUUCAUGAUUGCACAGUUUGAGGCACAGAAAAAGUCCUACAAAGUAGAAAUGUCCAAGAAUAUUCUGCUGGGCCUGAGCCAGGCUAUGAAGCUGCCCAACCCUUCUCAGGGUUGCUGGAGUUUUCUGUGCAAAACCACGGAGAGGAUAUUUCAGCUGUUACCAGAUGUCAUCCAGGUACACACA